AUGUCCAUUUUCCUCUCAUCUCAGGCAUCUUUGCCAACAACAGCAGCAGCUUUGCCCGCGGCAUCAUCAACAUGGACCUCUCUCAUCCGCUCCGAGCCCUCCCUCGAGUUCAACCCAUCAUCCUUUCCUGACACCUACCUCUCCGAAUACUUCCUCCCAGCAACCGAUACCCUUUUCCCCGCCACCCCCGUUCUCAGCCUCACCACCUCUUCCACUACAACACCAACACAAACCUGCGACGCCGCAUGCCAAGAAGAACAACGCCGCCAAGAUGAAGAAGACUACAACGAGAAACUCGACGACUAUAACCGCAGAACCGGCACGGCAUACGCGCUGGUCAUCGCUUUACCUAUUGGAAGAGGAGGCUGGGGGAGGAGACUCAGGAGGGGAGGGUGA